UACGGCCGCUCGGAUUCUAGACCCAAGCCUUGCAUUACUCAACCUGGGGGGGACAGACUUCGCUCUAAUGCCGGUUCCAGUCAUCGUGAUCUUUCUGUGUUUCUGUUUCUUAUAUAUUAUAGCCAUGACAUGGCUCCUAUAUUCGGACCCUGGGCCCCAAACGUCGCUAGACUCGACGCCCCAAGGCCGCUCCGUAGAGUCUCUAACACAGGCCGAGGUAGAGGCUAGAAUCGCACGGCUAAACAGAGAAACAUUACGAAUCCGCCUGCGAGACUGUCCCGGUCUGAAACCCACCGAGACGACGCAAUUGAAGGAUCCCGUCCAGCCAUCGGCGGUGAUUUGUCCGAUAUGCCUUGACCAAAUCCGCCCAAACGACCUGGUCUAUUCCUUGUCGUGCCGCCAUGUCUUCCACGAGGGCUGUUUGCAGUACUGGUACCUGUACGAGAAUAACCGGUGCCCGCUGUGUCAACGGGCGAUCAUUCCGUCCGGAGAAUCACCGGCGGGGGCUCAAUCGGUUGUUUCGGUAUGAUCAACCACUUGACCAGGUGGGUUGUUUGUAUCGUGCUUGCUUGGGGUUACGUGGGGCGCUAGGUAGGUUAGGUCGGUGAUAAGGACUGUGGUCUGUGAUGCCCUUGGGACCCUCUGUGAGGUUUGCUGUGGAGAGGCCGAGAAUACCAUUCAUCGUCUGUUGCGUUUAUUUUCGCUAGUCGUUGCUCCGGGUGUAGCUAUGGCCGCACUAGUAGAGUUUGAUGGUCGCAAGAGCCCGCGGCAGGGAGAUGAGCACUAGAAUAGCUAAUCCAGCGCUCUAGCGGAAAUCCAUGCUUUAAAUGUGCCUUAGAUUGUAAAUAAUGUCCAAAAUAAG